AAUGUUGUUCUAGCCCUGUAAUCACCAGGGAAGGUUUUUUCUACUGCAAGUGCCCAUAAAUAGGUAAUGACUACCCAUCAUUCCAUCAUUGUCUUCUCUCUCUCGGUGCCUGGUUUCUAAAGCUCUGGUUCUUUAAUGGGGACCUUCCAAGAAACAGAUGGUGUAAGAGAGCAUCUUCUAGUGGUGGACGUGGAUGAUAAUCACAACGAGAAUGAGAAUGAGAAUGGAAUUGCAAUUUUGAAUGAAGUGGAGACUAAAAUUCAGAUAAGGAAUCUAGUGAGGAAAUCGGACAAGGGAGAGGCGAUACUGAGCAAGGUCAAUUUGGACAUACCCAAAGCUUCCAUCAUGGGGAUCAUCGGUCCCAGCGGCAGCGGCAAAUCGACGGUGUUGAGGGCUCUCAACCGCCUCUGGGAGCCCCCACAAGGGGCGGUGUUUCUCGACGGGCAAGACAUUUGCUCCCUAGAUGUCCUCGCUCUCCGCCGCAAGGUCGGCAUGCUCUUCCAACUUCCUGCUAUGUUUACAGGAACAGUGGCAGAUAAUAUAAGGUAUGGACCACAGUUGAGAGGAAAGAAGCUGAGUGACAAUGAGGUGUACAAGUUGCUGACCUUGGCUGACCUUGAUUCCUCAUUUUUCAACAAACCCAGUGGUGAACUAUCUGUUGGCCAAGCUCAAAGGGUUGCACUUGCUAGGACCCUUGCUAAUGAACCUGAGGUUUUGCUGUUGGAUGAGCCAACAAGUGCAUUGGAUCCAAUAUCAACACAAAACAUAGAGGAAGUACUAGUGAAGCUGAAGAAGAAUGAAGGACUGACAGUAGUGAUGGUCUCACACAGCAUCAAACAAAUCCAGAGGAUUGCUGAUGUUGUGGCUCUCCUUGUGAGUGGUGAGAUUGUUGAAGUCUUGAACCCCCACCAACUCUCUCAAGCCAAGCAUCCCAUGGCUCAAAGGUUUCUUCAACUCAGUAAUUGAAUCAAUCAAUUAAUCUUCUUCUUCUUUUCUAUAUGUUGUUUUCUCUCUCUUGAUUUCUUGGCACUUCUCUAAUCUCUAUUUUUAAGAUAAAUCUGUAUUCUGAUGCGAAUGUACUCAAUGUGUUCAUCAGAUUUUGUUGUGGAAAGUAACUUUGUGAUUCAUUUUUUGUCUCAAAUUGCACCUCAAUUAGAUUCAAACCAA